CCCAAAUAUUUUCUAAGUUACCAAAACGUUAUUGAAUAGGGUUUUUCCUGAGGAGUUUGAAUCCAAAUCCUUCUCUGCUUCUUCAGAUGAUUCCCUUUAUAUCUCUGAGGACCAAUUCAACGCUGUAAUUACUUCCUUCUGCUCCCUUCACGAUUUCCCCCGAACGUGACUUUUGGUGAAGCUACUGUGCUCGGAGCCUCCGUUGCAGCGGCGGCGCGUGUGUGUGACAGCGCGUGGCGAUAUAAAGCUGAGAGAGAGAGAAAGAGAGAGGCGACAGUGAGAGAGACGCUUUAUAGAGAGAGAGAGAGAGAGAGAGAAGAGAGCGAAUAGUUCGUCGACGCGCCGACCCGUUCGAUUCCAAUCUCCUGAAAAACCUACCCUUUUGACCACCUCGCAGGGAAGAUAAUUUGGAUAUAUGUCCCUCAAUCAAUCAAGGGCUGAGAGGAGCGAUUCAUCACAGUACAGACCAUCGGGCCGAUCAGGGAGCUCCGCCCAGCCGAGGAACCUCUCAAGCGGUAGCCGGAAGGGCGGCGGCACCGCCCCUCCACCAUCUUCGUCUUCUGUCAAUUCGACUUUGACGUCGAAUCGAAGUGUUAGCCUUAAGAAGUCUAACAAUGCACAAGGAGGGCAAUCUAGGGUGGGUGCUGUAAGUGGCAAUUUAGAUGCUCAUAAUGCUUCUGCUGCUCGGACUCUACAAAAUGGUUCUCAACUGCAACCACCAGUACAAGCAGCUGAUGCUCCAGAACCUGCCAAACCAACAACUGACACAGCUACUCAAAGAAGUACCCAACCUAUUCCAAAUGUUCCAUCUUCUCAGACUGCAGCUAACACUUCUGAUACCACUCCUGCAACCCCUGCAAAGGGAGAUGCAUCUAGGCCGUUUGCUCUUCAAUUUGGGUCCAUAAGUCCUGGUCUCGUGCAGAUACCUGCUAGAACUAACUCAGCACCACCAAAUUUGGAUGAGCAGAAACGUGACCAGGCACGUCAUAGUUCUUCAAGAGCAGUGUCAACAUUCCCAGUUCCAGCUGCUCCUAAACAUCAAAUGCCAAGGAGGGAUGGAGGUGCUGGGGAGCAAUCUGGGUCUGGUGAGGCCCAUCAAAUUUCCAAGCCCAGAAGAGAUGUUCAAGUUUCAGCUGCACCCCCUGUAACCCAAACUCAGAAGGGUCCAUUUCUUUCUAUGCCUGGUGUUUCCAUGCCAAUGCCGUUUCACCAGCCACAGAUCCCUGUUCAAUUUGGUGGCCCCAAUCCGCAGAUUCAGUCUCAGGGUGUGACAGCUGCUUCAAUGCCAGUGCCAAUGCCAGUACCAUUGCCCAUGAGAAAUCCUCCUCCACUGCAGCAGCAAGUAUUUGUUCCAGCUCUGCCGCCCCAUCCGAUGCAGCCUCAGGGCAUGAUGCAUCAAAAUCAGGGCUUGAAUUUCACACCUCAAAUGGGUCCUCAGCUGCCUUCUCAGUUGGGCAAUUUGGGAAUUAGCAUGAGCUCCCAAUUUACACAACAGCAGACGGGAAAACUAGGUCCCUCUCGUAAACCUGUCAAAAUUACUCACCCAGAUACGCAUGAAGAGUUGAGGCUUGAUAGGCGAGCUGAUACAUUUGUGGAUAGUGGAUCAUCGGGCCCAAGAACACAUCCUAAUGUGCCACAGUCUCAGUCUAGUACAUCUGUUCCACCUCAUCAUCCUGUCAGUUAUUACCCUAAUUCCCUCUAUUUUACUAGGCCAAGUUCUGUUCCCCUAACUAGUAGUCAGAUUCAUCCCAGUCCUCAGGUGCCAAGAUUUAGCUAUGCUGUUAGCCAGGGCCCUCAAUCUGUAUCAUUCAUGAACCCAUCUGGUCACAUCUCCUAUUCCAAUAAAAGUAGUGCUCCAGUGCAUAACAGUGCUGAACAGUCAAGUUUAGAGCGUUCUCUUGAUGUUCACAGUGCAAUAUCUUCUGUAACCUCUGCGUCUGUGCAGGUGACAAUCAAACCAGCUGCUGGGUCACAUGUUGACAAGAUUGCUGAAUCAUCACAUGGAAUUAGCUCACACUCUGUUGAAAAGGGUGAAUCACCUAAGUUCCUCCAGAAGCAUGGGGAGACUAUUUCAGUUCAUCUCCAAAAGGAUUUGGAUAAUUCUGUAGAAAGUGCACAUCAGCCAGACCCUGAUUCCAAACAGACCUCAUCUGUGUUGCCUGUGUCAAAUAAACAAACUAGUGCAGCAACUCCGUCUGCUGAGGUGCACACUGUGACUGAUUCAUUGGCAUCUUCCCCUCCUGUUUCUCUUGAGAACUCCACAUCAGUGACCCAAAGUUCUGAAGGCAGAAGAAGAGAAACAUUUGGUAGGUCUGACUCCGUUAAUUAUCAAGAGAAGAAGCAGAUCAAGGAAGAACAUUCUCAACCUCAGGAGCAGGUUUCUGGAGGAGUUACCUCUAUUUCUAGGUUGCCUUCUCAGUCCGUGGAAUCAUCUGCUGCUUAUAACAGUGUAACUACCAUGCCCAUAGAUGCUAUGACAACCACUGCAUUGUCAAGCACCAGUGGGGACAUUGUGGAAUCUACCGGGGAAUCAUUGACUGGCCACAGUGCUGCCACUCCUGAUGCUGAUAGUGAUAGGAAAGGCUCCAUAUGUGAGUUCAAAACAGUUGGCACUGUAGUAACUGUUGACACCAAUUCUGAUCACCAUCCUAGGAAAAAUGACCCUUCUCAGCAGGACGAGUGUCUAAAAUCUGAAAUCAUGGGAACAAAUGAACAAGAACUUAUGUUGACUGAAGGGUGCAAGCAUGAGAAGAAUAGUUCUGAGAUAUAUUCAGUAUCUGUUUCUUUAAAAUCCUUGGAAACGGUUAAUCAUAUGGAAGGAGAAUCUAUUGUGAACAUAGCAUCUAACUCCAAUGAGGUUGGACCCCCGGAAAUUGCACAGAAGACUUUGGAAGAGCCCGUGGAUUGUUGCAGAAAAGAUGAUUUGAUGGCUGAUAAGUUGGAUAUAUCAACUCCCUUGGUGCCAGAUGCUACAAAUCUCAAAUUUUCCUCCUCAAGCACCAAUUUAUCAACUAGUCCAGAUAUAAAGCCUUCUGCAUCAGAUCAGUCUCUCUAUGGAAGUGAUAACUUUGGCAGUAGAGAAGGUGUUUCAAUGCCGCCCUUGAAACAUGAAGGGAAAGGUAGUGAGGACAUACAUACUGAUUUUGUUUCUCUUCCAUCAGCAGGUUCAAAGGAUAAACCUGUGCCAGAACUCAGUAGUUCAAAGAGUAAUGGGAGCCGAGGGAAGAAGAAAUGGAAGGAGACUCUACAAAAAGCAGAUGCUGCCGGAACAACUUCUGAUCUCUAUAUGGCAUAUAAGGCUUCAGAGGGAAAGAAAGAAAUUGUUGCCUCUUCAGAAGUCAUGGCCAGUGCAUCUAGCAUUAACUCUAAGCAGGUGCAAUCUGAUCCACAGGUUGAUGUUGCAUUGAGUGAAAAAUGUGGUCUGGGUAAAGCUGAGCCAGAUGAUUGGGAAGAUGCUGCUGACAUGUCAACUUCAAAAUUGGAAACUGUAGAUGAUGAAAAGCAGGUUCAUGUAGAAUUGGAGCAUUAUGAAGUAGAUCAAAAUGGAGCAACAGCAAAGAAAUAUUCUAGAGAUUUCCUACUGAAAUUCUCUUCUCAGUGUACUGAUCUUCCAGAGGGUUUUGAAAUUGCAUCUGAUAUAGCAGAGGCCUUGGUGGGUUCUAAUGUAAAUGCUUCUCGUGAAUCAUUCCCUAGUCCUGGAAGAAUUAUUGAUCGGCAAUCUGGUGGAUCUCGACCAGACCGUCGUGGGAUUGGCAUGGGUGAGGAUGACAAAUGGAGUAAAUCAUCUGGCCCUAUUGUAUCAGGACGGGAUCCACGAAUUGAAGGUUUUGGGGGUAAUUUCCGACCUGGCCAAGGUGGCAACUAUGGUGUCUUAAGGAACCCACGUGCACAAGCACCUGCUCCGUAUGCUGGGGGGAUACUAUCUGGGCCAAUGCAUUCCCUGAGUACUCAGGGAGGUAUGCAACGGAAUAGCCUUGAUUCAGAUCGAUGGCAACGAGCUAGUGGUUUUCAGAAAGGUUUGAUUCCUUCCCCUCAAACUCCAUUACAGGUAAUGCACAGAGCUGAGAAGAAGUAUGAAGUGGGUAAAGUAUCAGAUGAAGAAGAGGCCAAGCAGAGGCAGUUGAAAGGCAUUCUUAAUAAACUCACGCCACAAAACUUUGAAAAGCUUUUUGAGCAAGUUAAAGCAGUUAACAUUGACAAUGUUGUUACCCUCACUGGGGUGAUUUCACAGAUAUUUGAUAAAGCUCUGAUGGAGCCUACCUUCUGUGAAAUGUAUGCAAACUUCUGUUAUCAGCUUGCUGGUGUGUUACCUGAUUUUAGUGAGAACAAUGAAAAGGUCACUUUUAAGAGGUUGCUUCUGAACAAGUGCCAAGAGGAAUUUGAAAGAGGUGAACGAGAGCAAGAAGAGGCUGAUAGAGCUGAUCAGGAAGGUGAGGUUAAGCAGUCAGAGGAGGAAAGAGAGGAGAAAAGAAUCCGGGCAAGGAGACGAAUGUUGGGAAAUAUUAGGCUCAUUGGGGAACUGUACAAGAAGAAGAUGUUAACUGAGAGAAUAAUGCAUGAAUGCAUAAAAAAGUUGUUGGGUCAGUAUCAAAAUCCUGAUGAGGAAGACAUUGAAGCUUUGUGCAAAUUAAUGAGUACCAUUGGAGAGAUUAUAGACCAUCCCAAAGCCAAGGAACACAUGGAUUUUUAUUUUGAUAUGAUGGCAAAAUUGUCAAACAACAUGAGGCUGUCUUCUAGGGUAAGGUUCAUGUUGAAGGAUUCAAUUGAUUUAAGAAAGAACAGUUGGCAGCAGAGAAGGAAAGUCGAAGGGCCAAAAAAGAUAGAGGAAGUGCACAGGGAUGCUGCCCAAGAACGGCACAUGCAAGCUGGUAGGUUGGCACGGGGCCCAGGCAUCAACUCAUCAGGUAGAAACCGUCAACCAGUGGAUUUUGCUCCUAGAGGGUCAAGUACGAUAUCUUCUUCAAAUGCGCAGGUUGGUAGUUUCCGUGGAUUAGCCACACAACUUCGUGGCUUUGGAACUCAGGAUUUCCGGACAGAGGAUAGACAUUCUUUUGAGAAUAGGACUCUCUCUGUGCCAUUGCCUCAAAGACCCAUCAAUGAAGAUUCUAUCACACUUGGUCCCCAAGGUGGUCUUGCAAGGGGAAUGUCCAUUAGAGGACAACCAUCAACACCGAACAUUCCUUUAACUGAUGUACCAAGUCCUGCAGAUGCCAGAAGAACAACGACAGGUCUGAAUGGUUAUAGUUCUGGAUCAGAACGGACAGCUUAUGGAAGAGAGGAUCCUGUUCCAAGAUUCAUCCCUGAUCGGUUUGUUGGUUCUUCUUCUGAGCAGUCUAGUGUGCAAGAUCGACAUUUUAACCAUGGGAACAGGGAUCCAAGGAAUGGAGAUCGCCUAGUUGAUAAGCCUCUACCUAUUCCACCAACUGUACAUGGUCAAGGACCAAAUGUAACACAAAAUGCUUCUCCAGAUAAGGUGUGGUCAGAGGAUCGCUUGCGAGACAUGUCAAUAGAAGCAAUUAAAGAAUUCUACAGUGCCAAAGAUGAGAAGGAAGUUGCACUUUGUGUGAAAGAUUUAAACGCUCCCAGCUUUUAUUCAGCAAUGGUAUCUAUCUGGGUCAUUGAUUCUUUCGAGAGGAAAGACAAGGACAGGGAUCUUUUAGCCAAGUUACUGGUCAACCUCUCAGAAUCUCGGGAUGGCAUGUUAAACCAAGAUCAUCUCAUGAAGGGGUUUGAAUUUGUUCUCAAUACUCUAGAAGAUGCAGUAAACGAUGCCCCAAGAGCAGGAGAAUUCCUUGGUCGUAUCCUCGCCAAAGUCAUAUUAGAAAAUGUGAUUCCAUUUCCAGAGAUUGGGCAACUGAUCUAUGAAGGUGGGGAGGAGCAAGGGCGACUUGUUGAGAUAGGGCUGGCGGCUGAAGUUGUUGGAACCAUCCUGGAGACGAUCAAAUCAGAUAAAGGAGAAUCAGCAGUGAGUGAGAUACGCACAAGCUCCAGUUUGAAGCUAGAGAAAUUCCGGCCUCCUGAUGCUAAGAAAUCAUGGAGGUUGGACAAGUUUAUUUAGAGGACAGUAAAGUGAUGCUCAAUAGAAUGCCUGGUUAGUGGGAGAAACCCUUGCCUAGCUAGUACUAGGGCAUGCAUGCUGCUGCUGCUUCCAUCUUAAUUUCUUUGAAUUUCAUCAUCAUGGGCUGGGGGGUGGUAUAUGUGUGUUACUGCAUCAUUGCAUUGGCAUGGGUUUGGCCUUCAUGUCUAAAUAUUUUUUCUAUUCAACUGCAAGCGAGAGGCUAAUUUGAGCAUCCGUAUCUUAAUUUCA